AUGUACAAAAUUCACACGGGGCAGCUGAUGGAAUUAAGAUAAAUAAUGAUUCACUGUAUUUGAAAGUAAUUUCUUUUUCUUUCCUUAAUUUGCUGGAUCAGUUCAUGCUCGUCAGAGAUACCUUCACCACAGCAUUUGUGAAGAACCUGAUUGUGGUUCUGGUCUGGCUCAUCCUCAGUUACAUCAAUGGCACCUUGGUUGUAACCUUUUUUAGACACCAGGUUUUUUAUGAAGACCCACGUUACAUCCUCUUCAUCCACAUGGUGAUCAAUGAUGCCGUCCAGCUGACCGUCACAGUCACACUUUUUGUCUUGAGCUACAUCUUCUACAAGAUCAAUGUCUCUUUCUGCUGCUUCUUUCUCCUGGUGGCCGUCUUCACCACCAGAAACACCCCGGUCAACUUAGCUAGCAUGGCCAUAGAGCGCUAUAUUGCCAUUUGCAAACCUUUACGCCACCCCCAGAUCUGCACAGUGAGAAGGACUCACAUUGUCAUCGGGUUGAUUUGGUUUAUAUGUGCGGCUCCAGAUAUUACAGAUCUAUUUGUGACUCUAGCAACAGAGCCCCUGAGCUUCUUUCAGGACUCUGUGCUAUGUAUACGCCAGAACGUGUUCAAAGACCCGAUCCUGGCAUACAAAAGACAAGCCUUUGAUAUAAUCUACUUCACCUUUGUGUUCCUGACUCUGGUCUUCACCUAUUUGAGGAUCCUGUUUGUAGCUAAGGCCCUCUCCACAGAUAAGAUGUCAGCCCAGAGAGCCAGGAACACCAUCCUGCUCCACGGGGCCCAGCUGGCCAUGUGCAUGCUCUCCUACAUCUCCCCCAGCAUGGAGGUUGUUUUUCUUUUAAUCUUCCCGGGCCAAAUCGUAGAAAUUAGAUUUGCAAACUACCUGAUCGUCUACAUCCUGCCCCGGUUCCUGAGUCCAAUAAUUUAUGGUGUCAGAGACAAAGAGUUCAGGAAGCACCUCAAGAUGCACCUUCUGAGAAACAGGUGCAGGGUCAAAGUGCAGACAGUGCCCCCCAUGGACAAAGACAACAUGUAACACAUUAUAUAGGCAGAGGGUUUGAAUAAAGGUGUCCACUCUUUGAUAAAGAAAGCCUUUUGAUUCUUAAUGUUAUUGUAAAGAAAAUAAUAAUUAUAACAGUCACAAUAUAAUAACAAUAAUGGCCGCCUGGAAAGUGGCAGUAAGAAAAGAUCUUCAGUGUAUUUGUUACAAUAAGCAACACAGAGAAUAGAUCUGUCCUCUCAGUCUACACAGAGGAGACAGAGAAAAUCUUCUGACUUCUUUUG